GAUGCUCACCAUACUCGGUCAGGUCAUUCGCCAGUUGGGUAUCAGUCAAUUAUAUUCAUACUUGGCAUAUUUCAACGGUCAGCUCCACAUGGAAGCUUGACCAGUGUCAACGUGUGAGAACGAAUAUCAGGAUUAGAACUCAAUCUACUGCCAGCACCAACCCAGCUUGGUGUCUAUCCAGGCUAUUCCUGGUACAGCCUCUCCAGGACAAACUACAGUCAAGCCUCGAGUUGAGAGAUCGUCUUCUACCGAUCACCAUGGCUACCACCAAGACCGACUUUUCCACGCCCGACAUACCCAUGUCUGAAGCCAUCUGGUACGUGUCGGCAUGCACUAGAAUCAACGCGCCAGCAUCGCUAGUGUUCCGAACCCUUCGAAACACCGAGACAUGGAAAGACUGGAACCGAUGGAUUCCCACCGUGACCAUCACCGACCAACCUGACGAUGAAGACGACGCCACCAUUGCCGAGAUCGAAGAACUCGUUCGCAACACAUCUAUCGCCGUCAACCACGACUCGGAAAUCACAGACGGCGGCAUCAUGCCUCAGGUCCAGAGAGAGGAACCUCGUCGAGGAAGCAUCACAUGGGCAGCAGCAGUCAGUGCUCAUUCUGGAGGCGCGGCAAGCCCAGCAUCCCCUGGUGAUCCGUCAUCUCCUCGUACAUCUCGCGACCAGCGACCUCAAAGUCCCACUGCUACAGAAUACAUCCCUCCACCAGUAACUCGACAACGCCUCGCCAGCAACGCCAGCAGAAUUUCCGCCAUGAGCAAUACAUCCGAUUCACCACGCCCUCACUCCAACGGCGGACUCUCGGGGGCACAGAAAUUCCAAGCCGCACAAGAAGCACGCAAAGCCUCGCUCUCGUCUGGCGGCGGCGGCGGCGGCCAAACCAACGGUGCAGGCACAAGUGAAAACCAAAACUCAGUCAUGCUGGAAGUCCCCGGCAGUAACUCGGUGUUGAUGCCGGCGCCGAAAAACACCAGUGCCACCGCUCUCGCCAUGGCCCAACGAAACAGCACCAGCAGCAACAGCGGCGGCCGCCGCAAAUCCAGCGCCAGCGGGAAAGCUGAACGUAAACGUCUCCACCUCAAUGCUCUGUACGGUGAACCCAGCGUGCGCAUUCAAGAAGGCACACGAAUGACACUGCACAUCAAGACCAAACUCCCGACUUCCCCACACGAAACCCGUGAUCUCAACGUCAUCACCACCGAAGUAUCCCGGCCCGACGACCCAUUACUCGACGACCCAUCCCCGGCAGAGACUAUUCAACGAACUCACACGCACACGGUGAGUAAAUCCGGUGUGUAUCGAUUGGUAUGGGGUAUUGAAAGUAAAUACAACCCGCCGAAAUCAUAUCCGAGGUUUUUAUUACAUUUGCAACGUGUGCAUGAAAUACGGCCGAUUGUGCAAGGCGAUGGCAAGGAAAUGUGUGAGUAUUGGCAGUGGGAGGUGCAGAAGGGCAUGUUGGCGAAGAAGUCAAGGAAGGAUAAACCGUAUUAUGAACAGAGGAUGCAGGAGUGGGGGGUGAGGUUGGGUGAGUUUUGUGAGAGUAUGGGUGGUGCGGUGGAGAGGAGGGAUUUUAUGGUGGGUUAUUGA